CAUUUUCGGCGCCAGCCUAUUGCUCCCGCUCGAGCCUCUCCUGGGGCCGACGUCGGCGCGCCGCCGCGGCCUCCCAGGCCAAGCCCACCGCGCGCCGCCAUGGCUGGGCGCGGAGCCGCGCUGCUGCCCUCCCUGCUCGCCUUCGGCCUGCUCUCGCUGACCCUUCGCGGCGCGACCCGCGCCUUUGUACCCGCGCCGCGCGCCGCGGAGGGCGCCGCGGGCGUUGCGGCGCUGGCGGCGGCGCUGCUCCCCGCGGCCGCGCGCGCGGAACUGCCGCCCCUGGAGGACCUGCCCCUGGACGAAAUGUCGAGGACGCGCGAGUACGGCCCCUCGACGGAUACGUUCAUGGGCAUCAGCUUCCCCGUGGCCCUCGGGGCGCUAGUGUUCGCCGUGAGCUGGGCGGCGUAUUGGGUCACCAACUCGAAGCCCGCCAAGGACGACGAGGGCAUGUACAAGACCUACAUUGGCGGCGGGGAGCUGCCACCGGAGGGCUACACCAACCCGCUCGACCCUCGCCUGAGCGAGGACUACAAGCUGGAGGACGAGAGCACGCCCUCCGAGAAGGCUGCGAAGAAGGUGGCGGCCAGCUCCGCCAUCGUCUGCGCGCGCCUGCCCCGGUGCGGGCCGGGGCCGGCCAGCUCCCGAGGCCUCGCGUCGCCGCGGGCCUGCGCCUCCGCCUCGCCCGCGGGGCGCUCGGCAGCCCUGCCCCGCUGCGACUGCAGCCGUGGUUCGAGGCUUCUCGGCCAUGGGGCCUCGCAGGGCGCCCCUCCGUCGCCGCAGCUGCCGUUCACGCAGGGCUCCUGGCCAGAACGCGCACGAGGACAGGGCGACUCCGACGAGGGCAGCGCCUCGGACUGGUUCUCGGGCGACGAGGCCCCGGUGGACAGGGAGGGGGACGAGCGGGUGCUCACGCGCGACGGCGAGGCCAAGAAGACGAUCCAGAGGGUCGGGACAGGGGAGCAGCGGCCAGGGAAGCGCGACCUCGUGACGGUCCGCUACACCGUGUGGCAGGUGGCCGAAGACGGGGAGCAGCAGCCCGCGGAGGACCCGCUGAGGUGGUCGCGGAGCCCCACCGUGCGGCUCGAGGAGCUCGCGUCCGAGAGCGGCACGACGGUGGCGCUCAGCGGCGGGGAGCUGCCCGUCGGCGUCGAGGUCUGCGCCCGCAUGAUGGCGCGCGGGGAGCGGGCGCUCGUGCACUGCAGCGGGUGCUAUGGGCAGCUGGCGGCGCCUGUGUUCGGGAAGCGGCCAGGCGAGGCGAAGGAGAGCGGCGAGGCUCCCGCGAAGCUGUUCUUCCGCGGCAAAGUGCGCGACGCCAGGAAGCUGAAGUUCCUGCCCGCCUGCCCAGAGGACCAGGGCCAGUUCGUCUUCCGCAACAAGCGGCUGUGCGCGCCGGAGGCCAGGCUGGAGAUGGAGGUGGAGCUGAUCGACUUCCUCUCGAUACAGGUGCUGACCAGCGACAGGCAGGUCCGGAAGGCCAUCGUUAGGAAGGGCACCAGCUCGCGGAAGGCGUCCGAGGGUAAUCUCGUCACCUGCCAGCUGAGCGACAUCGACCCGGCCGCAGACUCCACAGCAGCAGCGGCGGUGGCAGGCUGUGGGCCCCCGCGCACCAUCCACUGCAGGCUGGACGCGCGUGAGCUGCCCCACGGAAAGGGCUUGGCGCUCGUGCUUGCCUCGAUGCGCCGCGGGGAGUGCGCAAUCGCAAUGCUGUCAGGAGACUAUCGCUUCGCGGCCAGCGAGGCGGUGGAAACCGGCGGCGAUGGGCGCCAAGAGCCAGCCCCGGAGGAGGUGCGUCUUCUCUGUACUUUGUCCGCAUUCCGUCGCAGCCGGCAGCUGGAGGCGGCGCUGCGGACUGGCCUGGCGGGCGGCAGCGCCGACAGAGCGCAUCCCGGCGGCGCGCCCUCCACUGCAAUGCUGAAGGAGGAGGUCCAGAGCGCGCCCGACGGGCUGCGGGUGGCGCCCUCGGAGGGCGGCGCGGUCCUGGUCGCCUGCGAGCGGGGUGGCGCCCAGGGCCUCGAGCUGCUGUCCUGGUGCCUCGGGAGCGGGGCUGCUCCGCGCUCCUGGGACGCCGCGGUGGAUCGAUCCCCCACUCGAUCCAUGCGCCUCUACGAGUGCGCGGCCUUCCGGCUGCCGGCUGCGCUGAUGGCGGUCGACCGCCCCGUCGCGGCCUACGACGGGCGCUCUCCCCUGCGGCGGCUCGCGGCCUGCACCGCCUGCACCCGGGAGGGCGUCCGCGCGCUGUGCCGCGGGGACCCGGACGGCCGGGCCCCCGCCCCCGAAGUGGCGGCCAUGCUGAGCGAGCUGGUCGUGCCCGGGUGGGCCACGUCCAUCGGCCAGGAGGCCGAGUGGAGCCCAUCCUUCGGCAGGCUCGAUGCCUCGGCGCUGCGAGUCGUUGGCGCGCCCGACGGCGUCCCAGGCGGCGGCGUCCCCCUCGGGGAGCCUGGCGUGUCGCCAGGAUUCGCCAGGACAGAGCCUGGAGAAGACGUGGUCUUCUACCAGUGGGUGCUGCUGGCGGUGGCGGAGGCCAUGGACCCGUGCGAGGUGGAGGACGACCAGGCGAAGCAGGGCUUCGUGCGCGAGCACCGGGGUCUCGGCGGCGCGCUGGUCAGGGAGGGCAGCUUCGAGGAGGCCUCGGCCGCGUACCGGCGCGCCCUGGACGCGUGCCGGCUCCACUCGAGCUUCAAGCUGCUGUUUCCCGCCGAGCACGGCGAGCACUUCCGCGGGUGCUCCGGCACCUUCGGGGCGCAGAGCUACCAGCCCCAGGCGGCGCUCUUCACCAAGACAGCCCCCGACGAGGCGGACGCCUGGGUGCGGGAGUCGGCCGUCGCCUGCAGAUCGAACCUGGCGCUGUGCGCGCUGAAGCGCGGCGAGUUCAGACAGUGCGUCGAGCACGCGGGCUGGGUGCUCGCGGUCGAUCUCGAGAACCCGAAGGCGCUCUUCCGGCGGGGCGUGGCGGCCGCCGCGCUCGGCGCAGACCUGCCGGCCGCCCUGCGUGACUUGGAGGCCGCUCAGCGGCUGCAGCCUGGCGACGCCGCUGUCAGGGCCGAGGUGGCGCGCGUCAAGGAGAAGAUGCAAUCGGCGCGCAGGGCAGAGAAGGCGAUGUUCAAGGGCGUGCUGGGCUGAGGACCCCGACAUGGGGGCUUUGCAUUUGCAUUUGCGUUUGUACUUCGUGGGGAAUAUCCAGGAGGCGUUCGGGUGCGAGGUUUCGACGCGAAGGCCAGUGACGUCGGG